AUGGCACAAGGCAGCACAGCUUUGAAAUCUCUCAGUGCUAAUCCUCCACACAAUUCUACGAGCGCGGAGUCGGUACACACCUAUGUCUCCAGCACUGCUUCUGUACAUGAGAUAACUACUGAGCCUCGGGUUGAAGUUGUCGAGGAAAGAUAUGAAGUGAUUCCGUCAAAUGCGGUCCCUUCCACCCCUCCAAGCUUUGGGAAUCUAUUCCCUUCCUCCAGAAGGCUCAUGAUAAAGCAUGAUGAUACCACGCUGGACGGAAAUAUGAACCUCCGGAUCACUACUCUUGCAGCAGAGUCUCCCGGGCGUCAGGAUGAAACGAUACUGUUCCACCUGCGUAUGUACGAUCUCCAUGAUAAAAAAUUCUCACUCCGUCGAUACUGUCGGGAUUCGAGGAGGGAAGUUUGCCAUUCCUUGAGAAAGUCGCAGGUGCCUAAAUCGAGACCAGGUUCGUCUGGUCACAAACACAUGAGCAAUCCUAUUUCAGGGUUUCUAUCCCAUGCAGGCGCGGGCACUAGGCCAUCAAAGGGCCUGAGAAGACCCGACUCGGGAUAUAAAUCCGGGUUAGACGAAGAUGAGCCCAUUGGCAGUGGGAAAUAUGCGAGGCCAACCCCUUCUCCCAACCGACCCUCAUCCGCCAAUAUCAUCCAGUUGGAGUUUUCCAACUAUGCACAUGUAGAACUCAAGAGACGUGGAUCUACCAGCUCAAGACGGUAUGAGUUCGAGUACUGGGACGCGAAAUAUCAAUGGAAGAAAAUAACCCGGAAUGACGGUCCGUCUAAGGAGAUCUCAUAUCACCUCUACCACCAGGCGACGUCCAAUCCAGUCGCGCACAUCAUUCCUGAGCCGUUGACGCCCAGAGAGCUAUCAGUCGAAGCGAGGAAAGGGGCAUGGGUCCCAUCAUCGUCGAUGUGGAUUAAUGAUCCAACUCUAUACGAGAAAAUGAAAGAUGUUGCUGAUGUUGCCUGGCAUUUUGCUUCUUCCUCUUUCUCUAGCGUAAUUGUUGCGACAGGUCUUGUGGCGUUUGUAGACGACUGUAUCGAACGAAGAUGGCACUCGAAGCGAACCUCCCAUCAUGCACCACCCAUGGCUUCUUCCUUCAUGAGGAGCGUGGAGUCCGUCACCUCGACGAAGUUCAUCGACAAGGUUUUUCAUCGACGGAGCUCGACCGGAUCGAACAAUGCUGGAUCUUUUAGAGAAAUGCUAAAGUCGAUCAGUCAAGGGGCAACAUAUUAA